AUGGUACUCGUUACCUCCUCGACAAAUCGAAAUUACAUCACGUCAGCCGGAAUUCAGAGACGUCUGCAGCAAAUACAAACCCAGAAUAAGAGGCUUAAGGCCGGUGGAACGGUGUGCUUGGUGCUCUCAAUGGUGGCCUUCAUCACUGGCGCGACUCUGAUGGUCCUCGACUUUGACGGCAACGACGAUGAGUAUUACAUUGAGGAUGGAGAUAUCAAAACGAGAAUGGGAAUGUUUGAUUAUGGGGUCAUCACGAUUGGUGUAGCACUGAUGCUGUCUGUAUUUGCAGCCAUCUUUUGGGGUCUUCUUUGUUUUCUUCCAGCAUCGAAUAUGGCCUCCCUUCAAGCAGCAAUCACCGCCCGUGCCUCAACUGUGAGUUCACUUAUUUUAACUUAA